AUGGGUGAGGGGCUGUUCAAUGCUCUUAUGCGGUUAGGUGGCCAGGACUGCAAAGCCUCAGAGUGUACCUCACAGAUGACCAUUGCCCCACUGGAGGACCCGGCCCUCAGGGCUCUUCAGCUGACAGAGGGCCUCAGGGCAGUGCUGGAGGGGCAAGGGAGUGAGGAAGAACAGGACUCUCUCAGGAAACAAGUCUCCACUGAUACAGCAAACGUUAUACUGAAAUGGUUGGAGAGAGAUGAGGUAAACCCCCAUUCAUCUGGCAAUAGUGAGUCCUACCAGGAGCGGUUAUCACGUCUGGAGGGAGACAAAGAGUCACUAAUUCUUCAGGUGAGUGUGCUGACAGACCAGGUUGAAGCUCAGUGGGCCAAGAUCAGCGAUCUACAGACUUCUCUGCUGGAGCAUCAGCACAAACUCAACUCCACAGAGGAGAUGCUACAGCAGGAGCUCCUGCAUAGGACGUCACUGGAGAACCAGAAGCUGAAUCUCUUGGGGGAGGUGUCCUAUCUGAAACUAAAGCUGGCAGACAUGGAGGGAAAGCAGGGCCAUGGGGCUGAAAGGCAACACAAAGCCGAGACUGUAGUAAAUUUCAUUAGUGAGCUGCAGGAGCAGAUGUGUAGGUUUCAGAAGGAGAUCAAUUGCAAGAUCCAGGAGAAAAAGGCCUUGGAGUUGGAGAUCCCAGCUGACAUCAGCUCUCCGGUGGUGCACCCCACCGAGUCCCCUAAGGGCGAAGGCUCAAACCCCUGGCCGUCCUGUGACAGAAUCUCAGAGGAGGUUCCAGACGGGCCUGAUGGGAACACACACAGCCUGGAAGAGGCUAGCUCAGAUGCAGAGCAGCAGGACGACUGUGGAGAAGAAAGUGGCUUACUUAAAGAGCUUAGGCUUCUCAAAGACAAAGUGGAGAACCUGGAGGACCAGAAGUUACAGUACGAGAAAAAACUCAAAGCAACUAAGGCAGAGAUCAGCAGCCUUCAGCAGCUUCUCCUCAGUAAGAACGCUGAGAUCGAGAGCUUGCACACACAGCUGCUGGCCAGGCCCUCUCCAUCCACCGAGAGCCCGGAGAGAGAUCAGGAGCUGCAGAGGCUUAAGAGUGGAAUGAAAUCACUGGUAGCUGCCAAUGAUGAAAAGGACCGACGAAUUGAAGAGCUCACUCUGCUCCUGAAUCAGUGCAAGCAAUUCAGAGAGGUCACUCACACAGCAAGGCAAGCUCCACCUGCUGUUCGUUCAUUGUCAAAUGGCAGGACUCUGUCAAGCAGCAGUGAGGAAGAAGAGAAUGCGCUGAUGAAGAAUACUGACUCUGCCAGUGCAAAAUCGGUGGAUGUAAAGUCUGAAAUUUCCACAAGCAGCUCUUCCUCCCAGCAAACAUCUACUUCAUCAGCCCAAAAGGACAGUGAUUACAGAACAGAACCGCAGACUUUAUCAAGCAGCAUGAAUGACCUAACAAAUGGACCUUUACAAAAGAGUGGUCUGGAUGACCCUAAAAGUCAGAUGCUGCCUGUGAAUUCCUCGCUGUCAGAGCAGAAUGUGAGCGGAGACAGCAGCAGUGAAAUCCAGAGUCAAAAGUCUCCAGAUGGCAGCGAAGAUGGAGACUCCAGCCAAAGAAAGUUGGAGAAAGUUGAUGACAGCACUUCAGGCGAUAAUUCCCCUGUUCCUUCUGGAGCAAACACACAGCCUGGCCAACGAGCUGUGGGCUCACCAGAAUACAUGAAGAAUAACAGGAGCUUAAAGAGACUCUGGGGAAAACUUCGAAGAACCCAGUCUGGAGGGCUCCAGGCAGUGGAUCCAGAAGUUGGUCAAUUUAGAAGAGGGGGACUACGUUCGACAGCAGGACCCAGACUAACCAGGACCCCCGAAUCUUAUGACUCCACACGUGAUAUGAACGUUCCAUUCAGCCAGUGGACCAAAGAGCAGGUAUGUGGCUGGCUGGAGGACUAUGGACUGGGCCAGUAUGUCAAUCUCACCAGGCACUGGGUUGAAAAUGGACAGACGCUGCUGUCUGCCACACCUCAGGACUUUGAGAAGGAGAUGGGUAUGAAGAAUCCACUGCACAGGAAGAAGCUGCAGCUCGCUCUGAAGGCAUUCAUAACAAAAGUUAUAGAGAAAUCGUCAGACCUGGACUACAUCUGGGUUACCCGCUGGUUGGAUGAUAUUGGUUUGCCUCAGUAUAAAGACCACUUCCAUGAAGCCCGAGUGGAUGGUCGAAUGAUACAAUACCUCACAGUGAAUGACCUCUUGACUCUGAAGGUCACCAGUCAGCUUCAUCAUCUCAGUAUUAAAUGUGCCAUCCAUGUCCUUCAUGCCAACAAGUUCAACCCACACUGUCUUCGACGUAGGCCAGGGGAAGAGAAACAGCCCUCACCCUCAGAGGUGGUGCAGUGGUCUAACCAUCGGGUUAUGGAGUGGCUGAGAGCAGUGGAUCUAGCUGAGUACGCUCCUAAUCUACGGGGUAGCGGCGUUCAUGGUGGGCUGAUUAUCCUGGAGCCUCGCUUCAGCUCAGAGACUUUGGCGCUGCUGUUAAAUAUUCCUCCACAGAAGACUUUGCUCCGCCGCCACCUCGCCACUGCCUUCGCUGCCCUUGUGGGUCAUCAGGCCACACAGGAAAAGCGAGAGUAUGGCAAUGCCACAGGCCAUGUGCCCCUGACUACCACUGCUAAAGUAAAGCCAAAGAAGCUGGGCUUCACCCAAUUCAGUCACCUCAGAAAGAGGAAACCUGAUGAAGCUGCGGACUAUAUCUGUCCAAUAGACAGUGGAGCGCUGACAGUGAAUGGGGUUUCUCGCCUGCCCUCUGCAGCACUUAGGGGCCUUAGCCCCACCUUGGACAGACAGGCUGUGAGGUGUGAGCAAGUGGGGAUAAAAGCUCAGGCUAACAGCCCAAAACAAUAAUUUUAAACACAGCACACUCCGCUCUCACUCACAAAGAAACUUUGUGAAUCAGUGGAAAUUCUGAUACAGAAAUGUACCCAAGAUUUAUUCAUGUGAAUUUUUGGAUGGGCUGUAAAAAUGCUGUAUCGAACAAAUUUGGUUAAUGUAUUUUCAACCAGGUGUUGUUAAAGCAAUAUACAUCAAAGAUGGUGAUGAACAGUGACAUUGUGUGAAAGCUGCUCUCUGCAUUCCUUAUACAGUUGGAUUCCAAAGCCUUUACUUUUGCUUAAAAAAAAACAUUUUAGUGACCAAUUUGUAUCUAAACUUCUGCAGAUGUAGUUAGAAUAUUGGUGACAUUUUCUUGUUAUAAAUCUCGAUUGACUGCACAGUAUAAUAGUUACAUCAGUUACUUUACGAUUAACAAAAUUAAAUAAUUUUAGUUCUUGACGGUACUUUUCUGCACCUUGAAUACGUUUUUUUGUAAAGGAUUCUCCUACCCAAAUGGUGCCUUGUUUAAUAAGAUUCUUGUGAAUAUCCAGUAAUAAGAUCAAAACAAGAUCAACAGUUAUUCUUUUUGUAAGUUUUGGAGACCAAAUGCGUUUGCUGCCAUCUGGUGCUUAAAUGCUUACUACUGUCACUGAACAGCUUGAUCAUAUUUACAUUUAUGGUCCAUUAUAGCUUUUGGUAGUUAUUUGAGUAACAGAUGUAGUUUUCAAGUUGAUGUUUUUAGAAUUUUUAAUUUAAAAAAAAGAAAAAUAUGAACAAUGUUGCUGUUUAUUUCAUUAAAGUCGGAGAGACACAUCACUUCCUGAUAUUGGAUCUUGAGACCUUGAAUGUGUAGUUGAUCCAAUACUGCCUACUACUGGACAAAAAAUUAAAAUACAAGAAUGAUUUGGGCCACUAUUGUUUGGUUUGUUUCAGCCCAGGGUGAAAGUGGACGAGCCUGAAU